AAACACAAGAGUUUGGAGACAGACAUUUUGGAGGCUUUCAUUUUCAGAUAUAGAGAGAGAGAGAGUUUUAGAGAGAGAGAGAGAGGCGGAGCUGGUGGUGGUUGUGGUUGUGGUGGUGGCGGUGGUGGUUGAUUGUGUGUUUCUUUGUUGCGAAUUGAUCUCUCUCUCUCUCCCUCCCUGUUGAACGCAGAGGAGGUGAGAGAUUGGAGCUUUUAGCGCUUUCUCUCUCUCUCUCUCACCGUGUUCUUCUUGAAGACGUUUUUUAGAGAGAGAAAGGUAAAUUAGGGCUUUGGUUCUGAAAACCAUAAUGAAUGUCAUGCGUCGCCUCAAGAGCAUUGCUUCCGGCCGCUCUUCGGUUUCCGAUCCGGGUGGUGAUUCUAGCACAAAGAGAGUGAAGGUUGACCAAGUAGUAGAUCGGAAGGGUACUGGUGAAUCACAAUCCUUUGAAAGAUGUGCCACUGGUUUAGAGCGAAGCGUGGUCUCCACAUCUAUGAGAACUGCUGCAAACUCAUCUCAUGUAUCUUCUAUUGCUAGAACUGAAAAAUCUGGUUAUGAUGAGCUUCCCAAAGAGAUGCAUGAAAUGAAAAUCAGAGAUGAUAAAGCUGAUAACCAUGAUGAUAAAGAUAUGGAAGCCACUGUUGUUAAUGGAAAUGGAACAGAAGCAGGUCAAAUAAUAGCCACCACAGUGGGUGGUCGAAAUGGACUACCGAAACAGACAAUCUCAUACAUGGCGGAGCGUGUGGUUGGCACUGGUUCUUUUGGUGUUGUCUUUCAGGCCAAAUGCCUGGAAACUGGUGAAGCUGUUGCGAUAAAGAAGGUGUUGCAGGAUAAGAGAUACAAGAAUAGAGAACUCCAGAUUAUGCGCAUAUUAAACCAUCCUAAUGUUGUUCCACUAAAACACUGUUUCUUUUCAACUACUGAAAAGGAUGAGGUGUACCUUAAUCUUGUUUUGGAGUAUGUAUCUGAAACAGUCUACCGAGUCUCAAGGCAGUACGGCAGAAUGAACCAACAUGUACCUAUCAUUUAUGUACAACUGUAUACCUACCAGAUUUGCCGUGCUCUUAAUUACAUACACACUGUUAUUGGUGUAUGUCAUCGUGAUAUUAAACCACAAAAUCUAUUGGUUAAUCCCCACACUCAUCAGCUAAAGUUGUGCGAUUUUGGGAGUGCAAAGAUGUUGGUGCCUGGUGAACCCAACAUAUCAUAUAUUUGCUCACGGUAUUAUAGGGCUCCAGAAUUGAUAUUUGGGGCUACAGAGUACACAACUGCAAUUGAUAUGUGGUCUGCUGGUUGUGUUUUGGCCGAGCUACUUCUAGGCCAGCCUCUGUUUCCUGGAGAAAGUGGGGUUGAUCAGCUGGUGGAAAUAAUUAAGAUAUUGGGGACACCAACCAGAGAAGAAAUUAGAUGCAUGAAUCCAAAUUACACGGAGUUCAAAUUUCCUCAGAUCAAAGCACACCCAUGGCACAAGGUUUUUAACAAGCGAAUGCCAGCUGAAGCUGUGGAUCUUGUGUCGAGGCUGCUCCAAUAUUCACCAAAUCUACGUUGCACUGCUUUGGAGGCAUGUGCACAUCCUUUCUUUGAUGAUUUGAGGGAACCAACCACAAGCUUGCCAAAUGGUAGACCGCUCCCUCCUCUCUUCAAUUUCACGCCUCAAGAGCUGGCUGGGGCAUCGCCUGAAUUGCGUCAACGUCUUAUUCCCGAGCAUGUGAGGAAAUGAAUUGUGCCAAGUAGCGGUGGUAUUUGUAGGCAAUGUAGAUGGGUUUUUGGAUGCUUAGGUAUCCGCACUAUGCCAAGUAUUCCAUGAGGCACCAUUCUUUGGACUCCCACAGUAUAUUUCUGAUGAAACGCGGAGGGUUAUGGGUUGCAGCCAGACUUUGACAAAGAAAUGUGCUACGGAAUCAUGAUGUGCUUGGCCAUGUGGCUUUUUUGUUCUUUUCAUCUACCGUUAUAGAUGAGUUGUCAUGAUUUUUUUGUUUUUUUUGUAUGUUGUAGUUAUAUGCAUUUUGUAUGCGGCCACACUUGCAAUGGAUACUACUAACAAAACGAGGCGUGCCAGACGGGUUUAGAUUGAUGCCGUUCAAUGUAUGCUCUGUUCACUUUUGGUGUUAUCAAAGAAAUUUGAGUUUCCAUUUCAUUUCGGGCCUGUUACUUCACUAUUUUUCA